UUGGCCCGGCCGGGUGCCCAUCACCCGGCGGCUGCUGAUUUGGCAGGCUCGCCGGGGUACAUGUCAAAGGCUGAGGAGGCUUCCCCCCCUCGGCCACACCGGACCCGGGCGGGGGGCGCAGGAGCCCGCACCCGCCGUGCCCACCGCGAUGGCCACGGCCGCCUCCAACCCCUACAGCCUGCUGAGCCCCGGGGCUCUGGUGCACGCCGACUCUGCGGGCAUGCAGCAGGGGGGACCUUUCCGCAGCCCCCAGAAGCUGCUGCAGGGCGACUACCUGCAGGGCGUGCCAGGCGGGGGGCACGCCCUGGGCCCCCCCUGGGUGACCGGCCUGGGCGACGGGGGGCCCUGGGCCGCGGCCGGCGCGCUGGACCCUCCGCCGCACGCUCCGCAGGACGUGAAGCCGGGGCGCGAAGACCUGCAGCUCGGACCCCUCCUGCAGCAGCAGCAGCAGCAGCAGCAGCAGCAGCAGCAGCAGCAGCGGUCGCCGCACGUCCCGCACCCAGCCCCGCACCCGGCGGGGGGUCACCCGUGGGGAGCCGGUCCUGGAGGGGGCGGGGGCGGGGGCGGAGGGGGCUACCCGGCGUCGGGCUUCUCGGUGGGCGGCCUGCUGGACCACGGCGGGCCCAGCCCCCCGCAGGCGCUGCUCCCGGCCGACCCCCUGGCCCCGCACGGCUGCGGGGGCGGAGACCCGCACUCGGACGAGGAGACCCCCACGUCGGACGAGCUGGAGCAGUUCGCCAAGCAGUUCAAGCAGCGCCGCAUCAAGCUGGGCUUCACGCAGGCCGACGUGGGGCUGGCCCUGGGCACGCUCUACGGGAACGUGUUCUCGCAGACCACCAUCUGCCGCUUCGAGGCCCUGCAGCUCAGCUUCAAGAACAUGUGCAAGCUCAAGCCGCUGCUCAACAAGUGGCUGGAGGAGGCCGACUCGUCCACCGGCGGCCCCACCAGCAUCGACAAGAUCGCGGCCCAGGGCCGCAAGCGCAAGAAACGCACCUCCAUCGAGGUGAGUGUCAAGGGGGUCUUGGAGACGCACUUCCUCAAAUGCCCCAAGCCGGCGGCGCAGGAGAUCUCGUCCCUGGCCGACAGCCUGCAGCUGGAGAAGGAGGUGGUGAGGGUCUGGUUCUGCAACCGGCGGCAGAAAGAGAAGCGCAUGACCCCCCCGGGCGACCCCCAGCCGCACGACGGCUACGCCCACCCCCACGCCGGGAAGGCCGACUCGGCCUGUCAUGACCUCUGAGGACCUCUUUCCCCUCCCCUUCCUCCUCCCACGCGUGGAGUGAGGGACCCGGAGGGGGCGGGGGGUGAUGCGAGU